CGGGAAUCCUCUUCUAAGUUGUUGACAUUCGCCUUGAAAUCUUCUUGUCUUCAACUGUCGAUAGGAGGGACUACAGCCUUCAAUUGCUUAGUUGUACUCGAUUGAACUGUUUCGCCUUCUCUAGGAUUCUAUAUGCUUUCUGCUUCAAGUAGUUAGGUGUUGAUACGCGACCUCGAGGCUUUUUCUUCAACUUGUUCCGAGUCUUCCGUAUCCCCCUUUCUACUUACAAUCCGAAAUUCAGCUACAGAAGACGUCACAAUGUACGCGUCCAAGUCAGCCGUCGGGUCAGCAUUGCUGUUCUCUUUGGCCUCUGCUAUGCCGAAUCUUCGUCCUAGACAGACAGAUUCUGCCCUCGAGCCGUGGGUGACUGUUAACGAAGAUGGCAACCCGAGUACUGUUACGCCCGUUCUUAGCACUAUCAGCGGAACUCCUACCGUUAUAUCAGGCGCUCCUCAUGAUCUGACCGCAACUGUCUUUACCGAGACCAACUACGGAAAGGUUUCAACGAGUACUGGCACCGCUCCGAUUCCUACUGCAACCGGUGGUUCAGCUGGAGCUGGCUCGUUCCCCGUCUGCCACAAUAAGGAUGGCGACUUUGCUCCGUGGUGUCAACCGACCAAGGAGACACCACUAUAUGUUGGGACUACAUAUUAUUUUACUUGGGACACAUCGUACUUCUCCAUUCCAAACACGACAAUCUUAGUCCAGGGUAACUAUCUCAACGAGACAACAGGCGAAAUCACCGACCAAGCUUUCGAGUCACCUAAGUGGUCCGCAUCUUGGGGUUUCUGGAGCUACAAGAUCGAAAGCAGUCUAUUGAAACACCAGUCUGGCAAGAAUAUCACGCUGCAGCUUGCUACAUUAACCGCGAAAGGCAAUUCCAGCGAUAUCAUCCCGGGUCCUACUAUCCUAGUUACGGACCGCCCUGGACCUCAGCCGGAAACCGGCAAGAUACCCGAUAUGCGCGCAUUAUUAAUUGCUCUACCAACUGUGCUCGGUUUCGUUGCUCUAUGUGUCAUCGGAACUUGUCUAUGGCACAGAAGGGAUCGCCAUAUCGGCCUCGGAAACAUCAUGUCUCGCAGCAGACAUGGAUAUGGUGUUGGCAAGAGCUCGCGAUCUCGGAUGGGCCUCGGCAAGAAGAACAAGGCCAACGAGCGCAUUCAAUUGAUGCAGCGGGAGGUCGAGGCCGAUGGUGGUGAGGUCUACCAUGACGAGCCGGACCGCCCGCGGCGGGAUUCGGAUGCUCUAGGUAGCCUAGCCGGGACACCGACUGAGGAUCGGCGCAUGGACUUCCGGGAGCAGCAAGACCGAAACAUGUUCCGGGAGGAGUUGAGAAGACAGGACGAGAGACCCUAGAGUGGACUCUUGAAUCUUUUGCUUGGAAAAUUACACUACAAGAAAAUCAAUGGUGGAUAGUAAUGACACGGGAAACCUCACCGUCACCAUUGAACGAAGGGGCGUAUAUGUAUAUGAUGAU